AUGCUAGGGAAACACUCAUUCUCACCUUAUAUUCCGCCGGAAAGUGUACGGACAACCUUAGAGAAUUUUCCGGUGACUGGUCGGAGAAAUAUUUUCAUGUUCUUCAGGGGCAAAAUGGAAGUCCACCCAAAAAAUAUCAGCGGUCGAUUUUACAGCAAGCGUGUGAGGACGGUGAUUUGGAGGAAAUUCAAUAGUGACAGGAGGUUUUAUCUAAGGAGGCAUAGAUUUGCCGGUUACCAGUCAGAAAUCGUACGGUCUGUGUUUUGUUUAUGUUCGUUGGGGUGGGCCCCGUGGAGUCCGAGGCUGGUUGAGUCCGUUGUGUUGGGUUGCGUGCCGGUAAUAAUAGCUGAUGGCAUCCGUUUGCCCUUCCCCUUCGCCGUGAACUGGGCGGAGAUAUCACUCACGGUGGCGGAGAGGGACGUGGGAAAUUUGGGAACGAUUCUCGAACACGUGGCGGCAACCAACCUUAGCACCAUGCAAAAGAACUUGUGGGACCAACGGAACAGGCGGGCCCUACUGUUCAACAAUCAGGUCCAAGAAGGUGACGCCACGUGGCAGGUGUUGCUCUCUUUGGCUGGGAAGAUGGACAGGUCGCAUGAGAGUAGUAGUCGAGGUUCGAGGGUUUCCAGCUAAUGGGAUCGCGACACGUGGCGUGGCUGGCUUUUUUUAAUUGGGUGGGUGGAGAUUCGAAGUUGCCA